CCUUAUCCUCCUGACUCCUCCUCCUCCUCCGAUGUCCGCCUCAUUCGCCCACCUCCUCCCCCCGUCCUGGAAAUCCCAGGUCUCCGCCUGGCUCGCAGAAGACACGCCCUCCUUCGACUACGGCGGCUUCGUCGUCGGCGAAGCCCCGCGCGAGGCCUUCCUCCUCGGCAAGGGCACCCAGCCCGCCGUCCUCGCCGGCGCGCCGUUCGUGACCGAGAUAUUCGCGCAGCUGGGCUGCGAGGUCGAAUGGCACGUCGACGAGGGAGAGGCGUUCGAGCCCGUGAAGCACGUGGCCACCGUCCGCGGCAGCGCGCGGCACCUGCUCCUCGGCGAGCGCGUCGCGCUGAACCUGCUCGCCCGGUGCAGCGGCAUCGCGACCAAGUGCGUCCGUCCCGCCCCGCCCCUCCUCUUCUCCUCUCCUUUCCUCCCCGCUCUCUCGCUCACACACACGCACACGCACACGCACGCCGCGCACUCGCGCGCCCGCUGCAGGUCCAAAGCGUUCAAGGACAUCGCGAGUGCGUGCGGAUUCAAAGGCAUCAUCGCGGGCACGCGCAAGACGACGCCAGGCUUCCGCCUGGUAGAGAAAUACGGCAUGAUCGUAGGCGGCAUCGACCCGCAUCGACACGACCUCUCAAGCAUGAUCAUGCUCAAAGACAACCACAUCUGGUCCUCCGGCUCCAUAACCUCCGCCAUCCAACGCGCGCGCGCCGCCGGCGGCUUCUCCCUCCUGCUCGACGUCGAGGUCCGCUCGGAGGCCGAAGCGGACGAGGCGCUCGCCGCAGGCGCAGACGUCGUCAUGCUCGACAACGUCGCCGGCGCGGAGCUCGCGCGCGUCGCGCGCAGCCUCCGCGCGCGCUGGGCGGGCAGGCGCCGGUUCUUGCUCGAGGCGAGCGGGAAUAUUACUGAGGAGAACUUGCGCGAGCGCGCGAUUGAGGAUAUCGAUAUACUGAGCACGAGCGCGGUGCACCAGUCCGUACAGCACAUCGACUUUAGCCUCAAGAUCCAGAUGCCAACCCCCGAGGCGAUCUAA